AUGCUUCGACGUUUCACCCGUGAAGAGAAGGGCAAAGACAUCGCCGCGUCACACCGCUGGAUUCGUGACCCCCCGAUCUGCCUCCCGGAUGAAGCUAACCCAGUAUUGAUCGAAGCAAACAAGCUCACUCUGAUUGGAAGAGUCCUGAACCCAAGUGUCCAAAAACCUAAGGCCUUAAUCGGUUUUAUGCCUCAGGUAUGGCGGAUGGAGGAGAAACUGGUUGGCCGGGAUCUUGGUCCAGAGAAAUUUCAGUUCAAAUUCAGAUCAGAAAGCGACCUUCAAGCUGUGCUUAACGAGGCACCGUUCCACUUCAAAAGAUGGAUGUUUGUGCUCCAACGAUGGGAACCGGUAAUCUCAGACUCCUUUCCCUCGCUAAUUACUUUCUGGGUCAGAGUACACGGCAUUCCCAAUCACUGCUGUACUGAAAAUAACCUUAAGGCAAUAGGUAAUGUGUUGGGGAUUUACGAAUCUCAUGAUAUAGAGGAAGCUAUGGUUAGAGUCCACAUUGAUGCCUUAAAACCAUUAAUCAAGAAAAAAGCGAUUCAGUUCCCAUCUGGAAUAGAGGUAUCGGUUAUAUUCGAGUAUAUCAGAUUGGAGAAGCAUUGCUUUCACUGUAUGUCGCUGGGACAUGAGAAGGAACAUUGCCCGCAGCUCUCCAAGAAUCUAGACUCUGACCCGCCAAACCACCAUAUUAAUAACCAACAAACGCUACAGCGCCUGGAGGAAGAUCGCCUUAAAAAGGAAGCAAGAAGAAGUAAGCCUCCCACAACUCGAUCGGAGCACCCGGCCCAAGUUCCUCCUCGUCGGAAUAUGCUUCCUUCGUUGGAAUAUGCUCCUCUGCCUCACCGCGAUGAUAUGAUGACUACAGCAACUCGGAAUGCCAUCCACCAUUCUCGGGAUCGCCAUGAUCAAGGUCACCACCGACGUAUCUCUCGCACUCCUCCCCGCAGACGUUCUCGAUCACCUCCGUGUCACCCCUCUCGCUCGCCACAGCGAAGAUCACCGCCUCGUCGUCUACCUCGAUCACCAAAGCGGCGCUCUUCUGAUCGUUAUAUUGCGGCACCAAAUUCCAGAGCUGGUCCGCUUGAUGAUCACCGUAAGCCCACCACUCACCGUAGAAACUCUCCUCCUCGUCGUACAGCUUCCCGUAGCUACAAAUCCUCUGAUUCUUAUCGAUAUGAACAGGGUGAUAUGAGCUAUCGACGCAGGUCUCCACCUGCCCAACUCGUGACUAACAAGAAUCUCUCUCGAGGUGACCUCCAACUCCAACUCCAUGGAAGAGAGGAUGAUGGACGAAAGCAGCGCAUGACUCACCAUGGAUCAUCCUCGUACCCAAUACCCCAGUGGAGGUCCCGAUCGCGAUCUCCUGCUAGAGACUCCCCGAGCUCGCGUCGCAAACUCCUCCCAGACCAGAACUCAGACAAGCUUGUGUCGUCUUCACGACUCAUCUCGCAAGUUUCCAAAAGCCAGGAGCGACUCAACCCUCCUUCUAACAAACUUCGACGAUCAGCUUUAGACAGAAUUGAGGAUCCACGAGAUUUCCAGGAGAACUCUCUCCCCUCUGUAGCUGUUUUGGGGAACAUCAUUGGAGAUCCAGAUUGGGUGGAAAAAGAUGACCUCUUGGACCCUCCCGAGCAGGUUGAGGAAUCUCAACUCCACAUCUCCACUGCAUCUCACUCCAAGAACAAAUUUCAGCGUCGACAUGAUUCAUCAGAGAAUUCAUCUGAAGCUACAAUACCGGAUCUUCCUCCUCUGAAUGGAGAGAAGAUUCCGGUGACUUUCAGGUUAGGCCCACGCACCAUUCCUGUUAAACAGCGGCUGGAGAUACCGAAGAAAUCUACUCCCAAAAGGAGACUUUCUAAAGCUUCGUCAAAUCCUGCUACUAAAAGCUCAUCACGCGCAAUCUCCAAGAAACUAGCACCGAACAGUCCAAGCCAGAAUGGUCGAGCUAAACGUAGAACGGUCUCGAAGAAAAUCUCACCGAGAAAGAAGCUUCGAGUUGAGACGAACAAACAACCCUCCCAAAAGACGUCCAGGAUUGCAUCGGUUUCUACUUCUCUUUCUAAUGUGGAUGCCUCUAAAGGCGAACUUGUCGCUUCUAUUUCUAAGGGGAUUGGAAACUACUUGACAGUUCGACGUCUAAGGGAAUUGAGAUUGAGUCUCUUCCCGGACAUUAUGUUUCUCGCUGAAACAAAAAACCAAGAUGAUGUUGUUUUCAGCGUAUUUCAGUGGAUGGGUUACGAUAACAGGUUUACGGUUCCUCCGAUUGGACUUAGUGGUGGUCUUGCUCUCUUUUGGAAGAAAGAUACACAUCUGGAGACUCUAUCUUCUUCCCCGAACUUCAUAGACACCAAAAUAAUGUUCAAGGCGAAAUCAUUCUUUCUUACCUUCGUCUAUGGUCACCCGGUAUGCCAAAGACGACAAGAGGUUUGGAACCAAAUUUCGGAAUUGGGCGCUAAUAGAAAUUUGGCCUGGCUUCUCUCGGGUGAUUUCAACGAGAUUCUGGAUAAUUCAGAGAAGCGCGGAGGCCCUAGAAGACAUGAAAGCUUGUUCAUUAAUUUCCGUAGAUUCAUCUCCCAAAAUGGUUUAUGGGAUGUUAACUUCUCCGGUAAUCCGUUGUCCUGGCGGGGGAUGCGCUAUGAUCACUUUGUUCGAGCACGCUUAGACCGUUCGGUCUGCAAUGAUGAGUGGUUGGAGUCUUUCCCUUCUGGAAGAUCGGAGUACUUGCGAUACGAAGGAUCCGACCACCGUCCCCUAGUCACUUUCCUCGAUGACUCCCGAGUAAAGCGAAAAGGUAUCUUCCACUUCGACAAUAGACUUCGCGAGAAAGAAGAGAUCAUGACUCUGAUUGGCCAAGUUUGGAACAAUUCAGAUCAUAAAUCUGUGGUUGCUAAGAUUACGAACUGUCGUCGCGAGAUAAUCAGAUGGGUCAAGGAUCAAAAUAUGAACAGCGCGAAGCUUAUUUCGGACACUCAGACGGAGCUAGAGAGGGCGCUCUCUGCUGAUUCACCUGACCCAGAAGUGAUAGGUCGUUGCACUGCUACUCUCGAGAGAGCAUAUAAGGCUGAGGAGCAAUUUUGGAAGCAAAGGAGCCGUGUUCUAUGGCUGCAGAGUGGCGAUCGCAACACAGGGUACUUUCAUGCUGUUACACGUAACCGGCGGACAUGUAACAGAUUCACGGUCCUGGAGGAUAAUACGGGAACAGCUUUUCACGAGGAGCAUGACUUCUCCCGUAUUAUCUCGGAGUACUUCCAGGAUAUCUUCUCCUCACAAAGUAACUCUGAUUUUUCUCUUGUCCAGGACGUUUUAGAUCCUCAACUGGACGAGGAGACUAAUGCUCGACUUAUUAGGAUCCCUGACCCCGCCGAGAUCCACUCAGCAGUCAAAUCCAUUCAUCCCAGCAAGGCCCCGGGGCUAAACGGAUUCUCUGCUGGUUUCUUUCACACUUACUGGCCCAUCAUUGGCCCAGAUGUUGUUUAAGAAAUCCAAGAGUUUUUCCAGUCUGGAUCUUUCCCGACUCGACAAAAUGAGACACACAUUCGUCUAAUCCCAAAGAUUUUGGGCCCUAGGAAGGUGGCCGAUUAUCGACCUAUCGCGCUCUGCAACGUUUACUACAAGAUCGUUGCUAAGAUUCUUACGAAACGGCUUCAAACGAUCCUCCCACGUCUCAUUUCUGAGACACAAUCUGCCUUUGUUCCUAAUAGAGCUAUAUCCGAUAAUGUCUUGAUAACCCAUGAAACCCUUCAUUACCUUCGUACCUCAGAGGCGAAAAAGAGGUGCUUCAUGGCUGUUAAAACGGAUAUGAGCAAGGCAUAUGACAGAAUAGAGUGGGGUUUCCUUAGAGCCGUUCUAGAUCGCCUGGGUUUCCACCAUAAAUGGAUCAACUGGGUAAUGGAGUGCGUGAGGACAGUUUCCUACUCAUUCCUCAUCAAUGGCGGACCGCAAGGAAGAGUUCUACCAUCCAGGGGGCUUAGGCAAGGAGAUCCCCUAUCCCCCUACCUCUUCAUCCUCUGCACAGAAGUUCUAGCAGGGCUCUGCCGAAAAUCCCAAGAAAAUGGCUCACUGGUGGGUAUUCGGGUAUCCCGCAAUAGCCCCCAGGUUAAUCACCUCCUAUUUGCAGAUGAUACCAUGUUCUUCUGCAAAUCGGAUCCCUCAUCAUGUGCAGUCCUCUCCUCUAUCCUGAGACGUUAUGAAGAAGCUUCGGGGCAACGCAUAAAUCUUGCCAAAUCCUCCAUCACGUUCUCAGCCAAGACGCACCGCAACCAACGAGCAGCGGCUAAACGUAUCCUCCACAUUCACAAUGAAGGAGGCGCGGGGAAAUACCUAGGACUUCCGGAGGAUUUUGGCAGGAAAAAGAGGGACAUCUUCGCGAGUCAAGUGGACCGAAUUCGACAACGCUCAUUUAGCUGGGCGUCUCGAUUCCUUUCGGCUGCUGGGAAACAAGUGCUUCUUAAAUCAGUACUUGCGUCGAUGCCCUCGUAUGCUAUGUCUUGUUUUAAACUCCCCAAGUCCCUCUGUAAGCAAAUCCAAUCGGUUCUUACUAGAUUCUGGUGGGACGACAAACCGGAUCAGAGGAAAAUGAGAUGGGUUUCGUGGAAUAGACUUACAACUCCCUUGAAUGCGGGCGGACUGGGUUUUCGAGACAUUGAACGCUUUAAUGAUGCUUUGCUGGCCAAGAUUGGAGCGCGCCUUAUUUCUCACCCCCAGGCUUUGUUAUCGAGAGUUCUACUGGGUAAAUAUUGUCAUUCUGUUUCCUUCAUGGACUGUGUUCCCCCCUCUAACCCGUCCCAUGGUUGGAGGAGCAUCAUUGCUGGCAGGGAAAUUCUUCGACAUGGAAUGGGAUGGCUGAUAGGCAAUGGCGAGUCCAUACGUGUUUGGGAUGACCCAUGGCUAAGCACAUCACUACCGCUUCGCCCGGUUGGACCUCCUACGCUGGAGACUAAAGACCUACUAGUAUCAGACCUCAUAGAUCAAGCCGAGAAUACCUGGAACUGGAGGCGAAUCCAGGAAAUCAUCCCUGACUGCGAACACUUGAUUCGACUCCUCCCACUCAGCGCCUCUCGCCCGCCAGACAGACUGGUAUGGUUACCUUCUAAGAAUGGUAAAUAUGCUGUCCGUUCGGGCUAUGGCAUCGCCUCAGCAGACCAUAUCCCCGACCUCCAAAGAGCGUUUAAUUGGCAGAAGAACAUAUGGAAACUUCGCACCGCUCCUAAGAUCAAACACUUCCUAUGGAAAGCUGCCGCUGAAGCUCUCCCGGUCGGUGUCCAACUGGUCAACAGAGGAAUUCAAGUUGAUUUUGCCUGUAAGAUCUGUGGUGCACCAGAAACGAUUACACAUGUUAUUCGCGACUGUCAGUUUGCUCGAGGGGUUUGGGAUUUAGCACCGAUUCGGGAAAGACACCACCUCACAACGGUCCAUGUUCUGGAGUUUUUGGAUAGAAUCCCUUCUCUAACCAGCCUUCCACCAUCAGGAUUAUUUGCGGCCUCACUCCCCGCUUGGAUCUGUUGGAAUCUCUGGACAGCUCGCAACCGACGAAUUUUCGCAGAUACAGUCUUCUCUGUACAAGAAGUACUCACGAAAGCGAUCUCGGAUGCGCGAAUUUGGCAGGCAUCUCAGGAAACAGCUCCCCGCUUGCCGCAUACAUCACCUGAAGCGCCACCCGCCUUGGAACUCGCUAAUUUCAGCUGCAACGUGGAUGCAGCUUGGGAUGCGAUGUCUCGUUCGUGUGGGUUGGGAAUCGUCUUCAACUUCAAAGAAGAGAACCAAACACUCACUUUCUCGAGCUCUCGGCGCCAUGUCUCCUCAGCUCUUGCAGCUGAAGCCUGGGCUAUCCGCGAGGCUCUCCUCCUGGCGACUGAACGAGGAUGUGAAGAGAUUCAAGUGCUUUCGGACUGUUUGUCCAUCGUGAAUUCUCUCCAAUCUCAGGAAUCCCUUAAUGAGAUCCAUGCUAUUGUUUCCGAUAUUCGUCUGUUGACGAUAUCCUUUUCUGCUUUCUCUAUUGCUUAUAUCCCCCGGACUCUUAAUACCGUGGCGGAUUCUGUAGCCAAAGAAGCUUUUUGA